AUGCAAUUAAAUAAAAUUCAUUCAAAAAAUUCAUUUGAUAUGGACGUACUUACACCUAUUGAUCAACCGUUAGAUACCCUUGAAGACUUAACUAGAGAUGAAAUUGACAGUCUUAAUGAUUGGCACGGUCAUUUCGCUGCAAAAUACCAACAUGUUGGUAAUUUAGUUAAUGAUCGUGACGUUCUUUAA